AUGUAUGCAGUCAUAAUUUCAAUACUGAUUGCCACAGCAGUUUACUUGGUGAAUAAAUAUUUCUUCUCAUAUUGGGCGAAGCGGAAUGUCCCACAACUGGAUCCAACAUUCUUAGUAGGAAAUAUUGGAAAGCUCUUCACCUUUAAGGAGACUAUGGCUGAUGUAUUUUCAAAUAUUUAUGAGAAAAAUAAGCAUCAUCGAUUUAUUGGUGGAUACUUGUCAUACAUACCGAUGCUAAUCAUUAAUGAUCCACAAUUAGUACAAGAUGUCAUGAUCAGAGACUUUAAAACAUUCCAUGACCGUCCAACGCCAGGCGAUGCUGCUGAAAUCUUUCCAUUAGUCGGUAAUUUAUUCAAUCUUCGUGGUCAGAAAUGGAAAAACUUGAGAGUUAAGCUGUCACCAGCAUUUUCAUCAGGCAGACUCAAAGUUAUGUUUCCAUUCCUGAAAGAUUGCAGUCAAGUUCUUGUGGACUAUGUAGAAAAAAAUAUCAAAAAUGGAAUUACAGUGUUUGACUUUAAAGAUCUAUUGGCAAGACUAACGAUCGACAACAUCUCAUCAGUUGCACUUGGAGUUGAAAAUGACUGCAUUAAUGAUGACAACAAUAUGCUUUACAAAAUUGGUCUCAAAAUAUUUGAACCAAGCGUAAGAAAUGCUUUAGUGCUGACAAUGGCAUUCUUUACACCAGACUUAAUCACUAGAUUUAAAAUUAAUCCAAUCCUGCCUGAAAUAGGUGACUUUAUUUACUCUUUGGUCAAUCAGACAGUUGAGCAUCGUGAGAAGAACAAUAUCCACAGGAAUGACUUUAUGCAACUUCUGAUUGAACUGAAGAAUAAAGGAUUUGUAUCUGAAUCGAGAAGGAAUUCAAAAAUUGACGAAGAAAUUGAUUGGGAAGAUGAAGUUAGUGAAAAAGGGAACCGACUCACAAUUGAUGACAUUGCAGCUCAAGUAUUUAUAUUUUUUGGUGCAGGUUUUGAGACUUCAAGCUCCACAAUGUCAUUCUGUCUAUUCGAAUUAAGUCGAAAUAAAGAAGCACAGCGAAAAGCUCAAGAAGAAAUUGACAGAGUCUUAAAAUCUGCAGGUUCUGAAUGCAUAACUCAUGAUCUCUUACAUGAAAUGAAAUAUGUUGAGUGCUGCAUCGAUGAAACAUUAAGGAAAUAUCCAAUAGCUCCAGUCCUCUUCAGAACUAACACAAGAGACUGUAAACUUCCUGGAUCUGAUGCAGUUAUUGAGAAAGGAACUCCAGUGCUAAUCCCAUUAAUGGGAAUUCAGAGAGAUCCUCAAAUUUUUGAAGAUCCAAUGAAAUUUAAACCUGAAAGAUUCUUAAAUUCUCAAAUUGGUGAUCCAAAGGUUAAAACUGGGAUUGUUUAUGCUCCAUUUGGAGACGGACCGAGAAACUGCAUCGGAGGUCGACUUGGAAAGCUUCAAAGCAAACUUGGACUAGCCAUGAUUCUGCAUAAAUUCAACUUAGAGCUUCAGGAUAAAGCAAUGGAAAAUGAAGAGAUUAAGUUUCACACAUACUCUUUGGUGCUAUCUCCUUCGAAGAAAAUUCCGUUGAAUGCAUCUUUGAGAAAUUAA